AUGAAGAACAGCACCCUAUACCCGCCAAACAGACAACACUUGAGUGACAACAUUGUAGCAAAGGUAUUUGUGCGGUCCGGCAUUCGUCGAGUCGUUUCAGCGCAGCUCACUAGCAACGGGGAUGGAGUUGAUACUGAUGGAAAGACACAACUUAUUUCCAAGGGUAUCCAAUCCAAUCUCGGCGACGUGAUGACCGCUUCCGUAUCGAGCAAUUCCCUCGCCACAACGAAGGGUGGCUCUACGACGACCGUCAAGCAAGUCAUCACUUCGACUCAACAUGCUGGCCCAACUCACAGCUCGGCUUCUUCACCGGCAGAUGUGCAAAUAAAGAUGAAGGUAGUCACCGUAAACGGAAAGAUACCGGAACUCAAAAUGACACCAGAGCUGGUGGAAGAUCUAUUUCAACUGGAUGCCAAACGUCGGACACAACGACGUGCAGCCCAACAGCGCUAUCGCAAGAUGAUUAACGACCGCACAGAUACUCUUGCCGUCGAUACGCAGCGCCUCAAAGAGGAGAUCACACAACUCGAAUUGCGAAAGAAACUCCUCCAUUCACGCAUUCCGUCAGAGGCAACACCCUGGAAUGUUGUGAGCCUCAUAAACACCAUGGCACCCUCGUGGCUGAAGGAAGCUCAGAGUCAGGCCGAUUUUCUGCUUCAAGUAAUGUCACCCGAUGUCAGUGUGAACAGCGGCAUCGGUAUCACUGCUCUUCUGCAAGAGUGGAGGCUCCUUCCACAAACAGGCGAGAAUUUAACAGUGCAUCUUCUACAUCUCGACUAUGACGAAACGGCUGCCAUGCUUGCAAAGGUCAGAGUGUGCGUCACUAUCACGAACGAAACGCUGCAUACCAAUUUCCCCCAGCUCGUUGAUUCAAGUAAAACAUUCAACCAGCCUUCUCCACGCACAGAAAAGAUUAUUGGGAAACAGAUUGUCAUCCCGUGUACCGUGCGCUUUGAUUGGGACUGCAGUACUGCUCACGUAGUGGCCAUUCGUUUCAGGCCAGAUUUGAUCACCCCCUUUAUGGACGUGCUUGGUAGUUUGAAGGACGUAGCCUCAGUGUUGGACAACCCGUGUCUGGUGUUGGGUGUGCAGCCAGCUAAGGUGGCAUAG